UCCCUGGAUGUUUUUCGUUUCGUCUCUCGAGAAAAGAUGGCUAAAUGAGUUCCGAUACUGUAUCGGCUACAAUUAUUUUGCCCAUUUCACACGCUGUUUCCACGUGAAAAUAAUGGACGAUCAAAAUAAAACUUUAGAGGCAAAAUCGAAAGAGGAGUUAGUUUCGCAGAUUCAACAACUGCAAGCCCAUGUGACGCAGCUGAAGAACAUCAUUGCCAGGGACCGCGCUGAGGGGAAAGCCAAGGAGAGGAGGAAGCAACAGAGACCAUUUGACUUCACAAAGUACAACACUAGGCAUGUGGCACUGAAGAUCGCCUAUCUUGGCUGGGACUAUCAUGGGUUUGCUGUACAGGAAGACACAGACAAGACAAUAGAGGCAGCACUGUUUGAUGCCCUCAUCAAGACAAGACUAAUUGAAUCUAGGGCCACCUCUUGUUAUCACAGAUGUGGGAGAACAGACAAGGGUGUCAGUGCUCUGGGACAGGUGAUAUCAAUAGAUCUGAGGACAAACUUAUUGGAAGGUGUAGGGGUGAAGGUCAGGGAAAAUGGAACUGCGCACCUACGGCCAGGAGACAAGGUCACUGAGAUUCGCUAUGUUCAUAUUCUUAACAAAGUCCUUCCCCCGGAGCUGAGGGUGCUAGCAUGGACGCCUGUAGAUCCUGAGUUCAGUGCAAGGUUCAGUUGUUUACAAAGGAUGUACAAGUAUAUGUUUCCUAGAGGAGAUGCUGAUAUCCAGCUAAUGAAUGAGGCCGCUGGUAAAUUGAUAGGUGAACAUGACUAUCGUAACCUGUGUAAAAUGGAUGUGGGCAAUGGCGUGGUGAAUUACAUCAGGAGAAUAAUAUCUACACAGGUGAAACCACUUGAUAGCAGGCUGGAUGGCUAUCAGAUGUGUGAACUAACUGUGGUAGGACAGGCAUUUUUAUGGCAUCAAAUCAGGUGUAUUGUAGCUGUUCUAUUACUGAUAGGACAAGGCAAGGAGAGAGUUGAGAUCAUAGAUGAAUUACUGGAUGUGGAGAGAAAUCCAAGAAAGCCCCAGUAUACGAUGGCCUCGGAAAUUCCACUUAUCCUGUAUGACUGUGAUUACGAAGGAUUAAACUGGCAUUACGAGACAGAUUGUCAUGAAGAAACCAUAAAACAUCUGCAAACACUUUGGACUGAGCAGACUGUUAAGUCCACAAUGUUAAAAAGAAUGCUAGACUACCUUGAAAAAGUAAAAAUAACAGAAUCACAACCAGAUGGCACUGUCAGGGAGCAACCAUGGCAACAGUACAAGACAGUCCAGCACCAAUGCUCUAGUCUCGUACCUGGGAAUAAACCCCGUACAUAUAAACCUUUGCUAGAGAGAGAAGUGUGUGAGAGUUUGGAGGACCGAAUCAAUCAUUAUGUGAAGAGGAGGAAAAUAGAAAUAAAAACUCUCCCAGCAGAGAUGGGGACAGAAGAAAGUGAAGACAGCUAGUCAAAGUGGAGAACCCAGGGAGUUUGUUUGAGACAAACCCAGGGAGUUUGUUUGAGACAAUUUUUAUGUUCUAAGAAAUAAUCAAAAGUAAUGACAAUGCCAGUAAUUUAAAAACAGAAAACAAUUACUUUAAUUUUCCACAAUACUGCAGUUGGAGAAGAUUUAGAUCCUUAAGCUGGGGUAUUUUCUGUCAAUGCUUCUAUGUAUUGGUGCUUUUCGUUCUAUCUAGGUAGUGUUUUUUCUUCAAGCAGUGAAAAUUUUCCAGAAAUGUCAAGCACCGUGAAGCACAUUUUAAGUUUUAUUUUUCAGUAAAGCACUAUUAGAAUUUGUAAAAAAUUAUCAAUUUAACUGGGAAUAUUAUUAAAGAGAAAUCAACCAGUAAACAACUGAGUAAGACAAUAUAUAAGAUCAUUUUACUUAAGGCUACAAAAUUUCUUAUACAAAUUGUUAUUUUAACUACAAGUUACUCAGUAAUGAUUUUACAAAAUGUUAAUAUUGAAAGACAGAGGUUUUGUUCAGUGACUUUUAGUGAGAACCAUUUAACUUAAGGAAACAAAUUUUACCGGAACCCCCUCCCCCAAUACCAUGCACCUUUAUUUAAUCCCCCUCUAUUACUAAUUUCUAUGCCUCAGUGACUUUAACAUUAGUCUGCUUUACCUAAGCUUUAAAAGCAAGAAUAAAAAUUUUGACUUUCUAGAACCUUUUCAAGCCCAUAUUGAAUACAGACUGAUACAUGAAAUAUCGCUAAUGACUUUGAAGUACAUUUUUAAGUGCAUUAAAAUAGCAUUUGGGUUUAUAUCAAAGUGAUUAAAUAUAAGAUUUAAUAUAUAAGUGUGUGGUUUUUUACGUCCUACAAUGCUAUGUAUAAAAUAUCACAAUAUCUUUGAAUGCGGAAUGUUUUAUAUCAUUAAAACAGAAAUAUCUCAAUUACUUGAAUAAUAUUAAAAUAUGAUAAAUAAUUUUCUAGAGUCUACAUGAAGGUAACAGAAAUAUACUGUAUCUAGAUAGCAUAUCACAUAAUAUCAGUAAUGAAACAGCUAUUUCAAAACAGGGAUAAUAUCAAUAUGUACUACAUUUAAAAAAGCCAUGUACAAAAAUAUACUUUGGGCUGACAAGUCAUAUCAACAAACUUUACUAAUGAUU